AUGCUCGCCACACAGCACGACGCCGCUGCCCCGUCUGGUUCGACGCGUCGCGAGACGGCCGUCUCCAGCAACGCCUGUAUGUCUGGCUUGUGUCCAUUCCACGCCCACGCAGGUCACCCGAGCCAAACGCUCUUGGAUGACGUACCGCUCGUCAUUCGCUCGCUGACGCUGGCGUCGGCGCAGCUACUGCGCGACAUCGUGGUGGCGACGCGAUCCGCGAUUGUUCCAUGCAUUUUACGCACGCUCGACAAGCAGCUCCAACCGUUCGUCUUCGAAGACGACGAUGGCGCGACGGCCCAUGGGCAGCAGCUCGCCGACGACUGGAUCAUCCGGAAAGAAAAAGGUCAGCCGUGGACCGACAGCGGUCGCUGGGGCAAGCGCCACGUGGGCCACGCCAAAGCACGGCAGAGCGACAAGCGCGAGGUGUCCAUGGCGUCGCUGCCAGCAGCGCCCGAGGUCGACCUGGACCUCAUCUCGCUCCUCAACUCGGACUGGAGCGACGCUGCGCGCACGGCCUACGUGGCGCCGCAGCAGCGCUCGGCCGACAGCUUUCUUCAGUCGCUUUACGAAGAAGAUGCAGCGACCCCGUCGUUCGCCAAGCUGCACACAUCCACGCAGCAGCGUCGAUCAGCGACGAGCGACGACCUUGAGGCGCUUGUGUUGGAGCAGCGACGCCGCAUCAAGGCUCUCAAACGAGAACUCAAGGCCAAGCUUCGCGCAGAGCUCGACGCGCUCAAGGUGCGAUAUGAGCGCGUGCGGGACAGCAACACGGAGCUGCGCCGGCGGGCAAAAGAGCUCGACGCGCUCUGUCAGCGGCAAGCAGCUGCCAACGCAAUCCAAGCGCAGACGAUUCAACGCUUGUCCGUCAAGAGCGUCGCAGCAUCCACGGCCAAAGUCAAACCCGCUCGCCCGGCAAAUGACAUCACUGCCUCGGAUCGACAUUUGCUCGACGAGUUGCAAGCGCUGCAGACAGCUAGCCAUGCCGAGAUUGCACGGUCGGCGAGCAUGGAGUCCAUGGCACUGUCUCCGCCACCGACCCCGCACCCUGCGUCGCCCGAGGCCUUGGUCCGCCCGGCGGCGCCGCCCGUUGCGCCGCUGCGCCAAGCUCCGGGCGCUCUAUCUCAAACAGAAGACGCAAUCCGAAUGAUCGCCAAGAGCCUCCGCGACGCAGCGACGCACACGAGUGCGGUGCGGCAGCUCGUGCUCCGCAAGUCGGAGGACCUUCUGUGCAUGAACCUCAUGUGCGAGCGCGUCGGGGAGGCCUGCGUCUGCAAGCUCAGCGUCGUGCUCGAGCGCCUGCCGCAGCUGGAGCACUUGGACGUGAGCCGCAACAACUUGAUGUCGCUUCCGCCAGCAAUCUUUUCGCUACGCCACCUCACAUCGCUCAACGUGAGCGGCAACAAGCUCUCGUCGCUGCCGGACGGUCUCUUGAGCAACCUCGCGUCGUUGCAGGAGCUGCAUGUCGAGGACAACCCGGCCUUGGCCACCUUGCCGUCCGACGCGGUGCUCCCGGCGCUCACCCGCGUCUACGCUCGGGGCACAUCGCCAGCGUUUACGCUGCCGCCGUCGCUGGCGCACGCCGCGUUGCAGCGAGACACCGACGCUGCGUGAAUACAUAAUAGUCAAACACGACUC